AUGGUCGAUCCGCUCGACUUGCAUGACCGCACCCCAUGCUUUGAGUCGAGCGACGUGGGACAAGCGGCGUCAGAAGUCGUAGUAGUCGCACUUGACUCAGCCCAAGAGACGCCGUUGCCGCCGUCGUCGUCGUCGUCGACUUGUAGUUUUCCAUAUGCUGCAGUGGAAACUCCUGGAGGCAGUCACGUCACGAGAGUGGGACGUGAUCGUGUCAGCAUACAGCCAGUUGAUGCGGCGCUCGAAGACGGUCAAGUUGCAGUGCACAGUAGUGACCACCCGACUAUGAAUGGGGACGUCGAGCAGGUUGUCGUUUUUUCGACGGUGAACCGCACACCGCACGAGUCGCUGGUGGACAUUGACGACAGUAUCGACGCAGACCGUCAAUGGACGUGGCCGGAAAAGGCCGUGGCGACCAUUCUCAAGGACUUGGCCGUGGAUGCCGAGCGUGGACUGGAUACGGCUACGGCUUUGGAUCGACUCGACUCGCGUGGCCCUAAUGCCCUGGACGAAGAGAAAAAAACGUCGGUCGUUGGUAUGUUCUUGAUGCAGUUUACCAAUGUGAUCAUUGGUCUCCUCGUAGCUGCAGCUGUGGCUUCCAUUGCUCUGCAAGAGUACGUCGAAGGGAUCGCGAUCAUUGCCAUUGUGACGCUGAAUGCCGUGAUUGCGACGGUCCAGGAACACAGCGCCAGCAACGCGCUCGAAGCGCUUCAGAAAAUGACAUCUCCACGAUGUAUGGUGCUGCGGGAUGGCGGCCGCCAAGUGCAGAUCCCGAGUGACCAGCUUGUCCCUGGUGACAUGGUCGUGCUGACGACAGGCGACAUUGUACCAGCAGAUAUUCGUCUCGUGUCGAGCGCGGACUUGAAGGUGAAUGAAAUGACCUUGACGGGUGAGUCGGAAGACGUGCUGAAGAGAGUCGACGCGGAGGUGGCGAGCAGCUCGAGCGAGAAAUUGACGGCCACGAACAUGGUGUUUGCUUCGACCUCCAUUGCACUGGGCAAUGCAAUUGGUGUUGUCGUGGAGACUGGCAUGUCGACACGUGUUGGAUCGAUUGCGUUGCUGCUCAAGAGCGGAGGCCGAAAAGCUGACGACGUCAACUGCUGGCAUCAAUCGAAGGACAGCAAUGCUGUCAAGAUGACUCCCUUGCAGCUCAGCCUGCACAAACUUGGUGUCUUCAUGGGCACGGUUGUGCUCGGUGUCUGCGCAAUUGUCUUUGUCGUUGGCAUAGUGCGUGGUAAUGCCGAUCCAAAGCAUCCCGACCGCGCAGUCUGGCUCAAUGUCGUGAUGAUUGCCGUCUCUCUAGCUGUCAGUGCUGUACCAGAGGGACUGCCGAUGGUCGUUACCAUUUGCUUGUCCACUGGCACCGCCGAUAUGGUCAAGAAGAACGUCCUUGUACGUAAAUUGGCUGCAGUCGAAUCACUUGGUGCGAGCUCGGUCAUUUGCACGGACAAGACCGGGACGCUGACGGAAGGGAAAAUGACGGCUGUGAAGCUCUGGAGCGACGCCGUUGAGUACGAGAUCACUGGCACGGGAUUCAAUCCGACUGGCGAUAUUCUUCGCGACGGUGAAAGCCAACUCAAGGGACCAUCGGUGUCCAUUCCCGUGCGCACGACAUUGUUGUCGGCAGCAUUGUGCAGCAAUACGCGAUUGCAGCAAGAGGAAGACGACCAUGGGGCUUUGACGUGGGUUCCCAUGGGCAAUUCAUCGGAAGCGCCGCUCAUUGUUGCAGCUGCCAAAGCAGGUAUCUGGCGAGACGAUGCUCUGCAGAUGUAUCCUCGGGUGAUCGAGGUCCCGUUCUCGUCUUCGAGAAAGAUGAUGAUCAGUGUGAAUGAACUUCCAGCUGGAACGUCGCAGUUGGACUUGUUGCAACUGCCAUGCCCGACAAAGCUGGUUGCCAACGUAAAAGGAGCACCAAAUUACAUUGUCAAGCAGUGCACCACAAUGUUGCGUCAGGACGGGUCGAUUACGGUCUUGACCGAUCGCGAUCGCAACGGCAUUCUGCAAGCUGUCGAUACGCUGUCGUCUGAAGCACUUCGUGUCCUUGCAGUCGCGAUUCGUCCGUUGGACCGGGUGCCUUUUCCAACUCAAGAAGAAGACGUCGAGGCAAAAUUCCAGGCUCUCUGCGGAUCCCUGAUCUUUAUCGGUCUCGUUGCUUCCAUUGACCCUCCUCGAGCGGGUGUCAAGGAUGCUAUUCAGACGGCUCGGCAAGCUUCUGUUCGGACUGUCAUGAUAACUGGGGACUACCUCAAGACGGCUGUGGCCAUUGCUCGUGAUAUUGACCUUUUGCCAGCAGGUAGCGACGAUAUUGACGUUCAAGCUGUGGAUUGCGGUGUCCUGCGCUCGCGUUCAAACCAGUAUGUGUCCGAAGCAGAGCUGGACGAACUCACGAGUCAAGUGUCUGUGUUCGCACGCGCUCGACCAGAAGAUAAGCUCGAGAUUGUCAAGUCUUUGCAACGUCAAGGUCACGUAGUCGCAAUGACUGGCGAUGGUGUGAAUGACGCCCCUGCGCUGAAGAAAGCUGACAUUGGCGUGGCAAUGGGAAUUGCUGGUACCGCUGUUGCCAAAGGUGCUUCAGACAUGAUUUUGACGGACGACAACUUUUGCAGCAUUGUGUCUGCCGUCGAGAAGGGCCGUCAGAUUUACGGCAAUAUCCAGCGCUUCGUGUGCUUUCUGCUUUCGACCAACUUUGGGGAGAUCUCUCUGAUCUUCACGGCCAUUGCCAUUGGUAUGCCCAAUCCUCUGGAACCGUUGCAAAUUCUGGUGCUUAAUCUGUUUGCCGACGGCAUGGCUGCUGUCGCACUGAGUCUUGAAAAAGGGGAUGGCUCAGUGAUGCUAGAGCGUCCCCGCCCUCGUUCCGAGCGCAUUCUCUUUGGUCGUCUCUGGGUCAUUGUGCUGUCGAAUGCCUUGUUGAUUGCUGCUGGCGCCCUCGUAGUGUUCACGUGCGGUCUGUACUGGAACUUUGAGCACAUUCUGCUGGAUGACAUCACGGCUGGCGUUGAUACCGACAAGGGCGAAGGUGCCUACAGGAAUGUCGUCUGUUCUCGCUGGAUGGGCCUGGGUAACAUUAGACAGGAGUAUAGUAAUUGCGGGGCGCGUGAUCUCAAUAACACGUACCUCUUUGCUGAGAGUAUCCGUGCACUGCAAUAUUACGAGAGCGACGAGCUCUUGUGCUUCGGCGGCGACUACGAGUGCGUGUCUGAAGGCACGUCGCGCGCGCAAACAAUGGCAUUUGUGUACAUCACGACCAUGGAGAUGCUUCGCGCGUAUACAGCUCGCAGCUUCACCAAAUCGGUUUGCAAGGACAUGUUCAGCAACAAGUGGAUGCAGAUGGCUGCGCUGGGCUCGCUGGUCUUGACCCUGUCCGUCACCACUAUCCCCGUUCUCAACGAUCGUAUCUUCGGCUUUACGUACAUCCAGUGGUACGAGUGGAUGUUCUCCAUGGUGUUUGCCCUGGUCAUGGUCGCUUUCGGUGAAACGCUCAAGGGCGCCUACCGUCACCGCGACCGUGCUAAGCUUCGCAGGGCAGCCGAAGACAACCACAUGGGUGGAAUCGAUGAUCUCCACGUUGUGCGCAACCGCGUCGAGCCUCUUGGAAUUAAACUAGGGGCCCGAGAUACAUCUGCCGUGCAUUCGUAUAGUAAACAACUGCCUUUUCAAUGA